AUGGAGCGCGAACGACGGGUGCUAGCUGCCAGUCUCGUUGCAGUGCUGGCGUUGGGGUUAUGGUACGUGUGGGGCGAGGGGGCGAUGGAAAAUAACGAGCCACGGCUCAGCUCGCCGAUCAACCAGCAGGAGAGCGAGAGGACCGAGAAACGUGAUGAAAAAGAGACUAGAGGUGAGGAACCUCAAGAUAUGACAGGGAUGCCAGAUGAUCAACCACUACCAGAGCUAGGUAAACAUAAUGAAGAACUGCCUUCGCCAUCACCUGUCAGUGCUAAUCAGCAACCAGAAAAACCACUGGAACAAACACCAUACCUACCAGGUACCACUGAGCAACCAGAAAAACCACUGGAACAAACACCAUACCUACCAGGUACCACUGAGCAACUAAAAGAACCGUCAGAACCAACACCACACCUACCAGGUACCACUGAGCAACCACAAGAACAACCAACACCGCACCAGCGAGGUACAGAUGAGCCAACAGAAGAACCAUCGGAACCAACACCACACCCACCAACAAACCCAACACUGGAUACCGGCGAGCAACAAAAAGAACAAACAAGUGACGAAACUGAUGAACCACCGACACUAGGUACUGAUCAGGAACCAACGAAACACGACAAUCCAAAAACAGAAUUCCAAGAUCCUUACCACAAUGUGUGCCCGCCAGAUAGUGCCGGGCAAGCAUUCAACAGCAAUGCGAGCGGUGCGAACUGUCAAACAGUGUGUUGGUAG